GGGCCAGAGAUGGAUGACUAUAUGGAGACACUGAAGGAUGAGGAGGAUGCCUUGUGGGAGAAUGUGGAGUGCAACCGGCACAUGCUGAGUCGCUACAUCAACCCAGCCAAGCUCACCCCCUACCUGCGCCAGUGUAAGGUCAUUGAUGAGCAGGAUGAAGACGAAGUGCUCAAUGCACCCAUGUUGCCUUCCAAGAUCAACCGGGCAGGCCGACUGUUGGACAUUCUACAUACCAAGGGCCAAAGGGGCUACGUGGUCUUCUUGGAGAGCCUGGAAUUUUACUACCCGGAACUGUACAAACUGGUGACUGGAAAGGAGCCUACCCGGAGAUUCUCUACCAUUGUGGUGGAGGAGGGCCACGAGGGCCUCACGCACUUCCUCAUGAACGAGGUCAUCAAGCUGCAGCAGCAGAUGAAGGCCAAGGACCUACAGCGGUGCGAGCUCCUGGCCAAGUCGCGGCAGCUGGAGGACGAGAAGAAGCAGCUGACCCUGACUCGAGUGGAGCUGCUGACCUUCCAGGAGCGGUACUACAAGAUGAAGGAGGAGCGUGACGGCUACAACGACGAGCUGGUCAAGGUCAAGGACGACAACUACAACUUGGCCAUGCGCUACGCCCAGCUCAGUGAGGAAAAGAACAUGGCGGUCAUGAGGAGCCGAGACCUCCAGCUCGAGAUCGACCAACUAAAGCAUCGGCUGAAUAAAAUGGAGGAGGAGUGCAAGCUGGAGAGGAACCAGUCUCUGAAGCUCAAGAAUGACAUUGAGAAUCGGCCCAAGAGGGAGCAAGUUCUGGAGCUGGAGCGGGAGAAUGAGAUGCUAAAGACCAAAAUCCAGGAGCUGCAGUCCAUCAUCCAGGCCGGAAAGCGCAGCCUGCCGGACUCGGACAAGGCCAUCUUGGACAUCCUGGAGCAUGACCGCAAGGAAGCUCUGGAGGACCGGCAGGAGCUUGUCAACAAGAUCUACAACCUGCAGGAGGAGGUCCGCCAGGCAGAGGAGCUGCGGGACAAGUACCUGGAGGAGAAGGAGGACCUGGAGCUCAAGUGCUCGACGCUGGGCAAGGACUGUGAGAUGUACAAACACCGCAUGAACACGGUCAUGCUGCAGCUGGAGGAGGUGGAGCGCGAGCGGGACCAGGCCUUCCAUUCCCGGGACGAAGCGCAGACCCAGUACUCACAGUGCUUAAUCGAAAAGGACAAGUACAGGAAGCAGAUCCGAGAGCUGGAGGAGAAAAAUGACGAAAUGAGGAUUGAGAUGGUCCGGCGGGAAGCCUGCAUCGUCAACCUGGAGAGCAAGCUCCGGCGCCUCUCCAAGGACAGCAGCGGCCUGGACCAGAGUCUGCCCCGGAACCUGCCGGUGGCCAUCUCUCAGAAUUUCGGGGAUGCCAGCCCCAGGACCAACGGGCAGGAAGCUGACGACUCGUCCACGUCAGAGGAGUCCCCGGAAGACAGCAGAUACUUCCUGCCCUACCACCCCCCCAAGCGCAGGAUGAACCUGAAGGGCAUCCAGCUGCAGAGAGCCAAAUCCCCCAUCAGCCUGAAGCGAACCUCAGAUUUCCAAGGGCGAGGCCAUGAAGAAGAAGGCACGGACGCCAGCCCCGGCUCCUCCAGAUCCCUGCCCAUCACCAACUCCUUCUCCAAGAUGCAACCCCACCGAAGCCGCUCCAGCAUCAUGUCCAUCACGGCCGAGCCCCCCGGAAACGACUCUAUCCUCAGGCGCUACAAGGAAGACGCGCCUCACCGCAGCACAGUCGAGGAAGACAAUGACAGUGGCGGGUUCGAUGUCUUGGACUUUGACGAUGACAGUCACGAUCGCUGCUCCUUCGGACCCCCAUCCGUCCACUCCUCCUCCUCCUCCCACCAGUCCGAGGGCCUGGACGCCUACGACCUGGAGCAAGUCAACCUCAUGUUUAGGAAGUUCUCUCUAGAAAGGCCCUUCCGGCCGUCUGUCACGUCCGUGGGGCACGUGCGGGGUCCCGGGCCCUUGGUGCAGCACACCACGCUGAACGGUGACAGCCUCAUCUCCCAGCUCACCCUGCUCGGGGGCAACGCGCGAGGGAGCUUCGUCCACACGGUCAAGCCGGGCUCCCUGGCCGAGAAGGCCGGCCUCCGCGAGGGCCACCAGCUGCUGCUGCUGGAAGGCUGCAUCAAAGGCGAGCGGCAGAGCGUCCCGUUGGACACGUGCACAAAGGAGGAGGUGCACUGGACCAUCCAGAGAUGCAGCGGCCCCAUCACACUGCACUACAAGGUCAACCAGGAAGGGUACCGGAAGCUGCUGAAGGACAUGGAGGAGGGCCUGAUCACCUCGGGGGACUCCUUCUACAUCCGGCUGAACCUGAACAUCUCCAGCCAGCUGGACGCCUGCUCCCUGUCCCUGAAGUGUGAUGACGUUGUGCACGUCCGCGACACCAUGUACCAGGACAGGCAUGAGUGGCUGUGCGCACGGGUCGACCCUUUCACGGACCACGACCUGGACGCGGGCACCAUACCCAGCUACAGCCGAGCCCAGCAACUCCUCCUGGUCAAGCUGCAGCGUCUGAUGCACAGGGGCAGCCGAGAGGAGGUGGACACCACCCACCACACCCUGAGGGCGCUCCGGAACACCCUGCAGCCCGAAGAGCCUCUUUCCACCAGUGAUCCCCGAGUCAGUCCCCGCCUCUCUCGAGCAAGUUUCCUUUUUGGCCAACUCCUUCAGUUUGUCAGCAGGUCUGAGAACAAGUACAAGAGAAUGAAUAGCAACGAGCGAGUCCGUAUUGUCUCGGGGAGCCCGCUGGGGAGCCUGGCCCGGACAUCCCUGGAUGCCACCAAACUCUUGACUGAGAAGCAGGAAGAGCUGGACCCCGAGAGUGAGCUCAGCAAGAACCUCAGCCUGAUCCCCUACAGCCUGGUGCAUGCCUUUCACUGUGAGCGCCGCCGGCCCGUCCUCUUCACGCCCACCAUGCUGGCCAAGGCGCUGGUCCAGAAGCUGCUCAACUCGGGGGGCGCGAUGGAGUUUACCAUGUGCAAGCCAGAUGUUGUCACCAGAGACGAGUUCCUCAGGAAGCAGAAGAUGGAGACCAUCAUCUACUCCCGAGAGAAGAACCCCAACACUUUCGAAUGCAUUGUUCCCGCCAACAUUGAAGCUGUGGCCGCCAAGGACAAACACUGUCUGCUGGAGGCUGGAAUCAGCUGCACCAGAGACUUGAUCAAGUCCGGGAUCUACCCCAUCGUGCUCUUCAUUCGGGUGUCGGAGAAGAACAUCAAGAGGUUCAGGAAGAUGCUGCCACGGCCCGAGACGGAGGAGGAAUUUCUGCGGUUGUGCCGGCUGAAGGAGAAGGAGCUAGAAGCCUUACCCUGCCUGUACUCCACAGUGGAAGCCGACAUGUGGGGCAGCGUGGAGGAGCUGCUCCGUGUCCUCAAAGACAAGAUCAGCGAGGAGCAGCGCAAGACCGUCUGGGUGGAUGAGGACCAGCUGUGA